AUGGCAUGCUGCCAAUGUAUAAUCAUUGUGGCACUUCAAGCCUCUAUCUGUUUUUUAAACACGUAUCAAGCGCAACUUUUACCAGAACCUUCGACAGAUAAUGCUCUAACAGCAAGCUCGACGAGUAAUGACUGGAUUCCAUUAAGAGCGGCAGACCGGCUAGGUCGAAUCAAGUGGGAAAAUAUCGCUUUCAUAGGCUUUCAAUUUUGGUUUUUAGGCAUGGCUUUUGAUGCUACUGUUUAUCAAAAUACGGCAGAGAUCUUAGCUUUAGCUAUUUUAAACGUAGUCUGUGCUGUCUUGGGUGCUCUUCAAGUGGUAGAUGGUGUGAAAUGGCUUACGAGUCUGUCUACUACUUCUUAUUCAGUAGCGCCUUUAUCAAUUGCCGAGAAAAUCGAAAUUGCUCUAUCAGUAACGAUUAUGGCUUUUGCUAUCAUUAUGUCAUUUCUCAGUUAUCAAAUGUCAAAGCAAUUUGGUUGGAAUAUCUAUAAAAAGAUUGGUGCUGAUGUGCAGAUUCAAAAAAUGUAUCGCAUCUUCCAGUUUUUUGUUCUAUCUUUAAAAAUUGAUAUUUUCGCGCAGUUUAUGGUGUCUGUCUUUUACCUGAUUCAAUUUGCAUUGAAGCAAGAUGUAAUCAUGUGGGAAACGGUUAUUCAGUUUAUCGUUACCAUUCUCCUGAUACCCAUGCUUUACUUUGGCCGUAUUGCAGGGAGCAAGGAAAGUAAAAUUUACAUGACUAUGUUCAUUACCUUUGAAAUGUUGGUGUUGUUUGAUUUUGCCUUGAUUUUUUCACAAACAUUACAGCCUAAUAAUAACUGGUAUACUUGGAUUUGUCUUAUUUGGAUUGGAGUUGCGUUUGCUUUGGUAUCAUCAAGUUUAGGUAUUGUGUGUAUGCGAAAUUUUGGAAAAGGUCUGAAGCCCUUCGUUCAGAGAGGAAGAACAAAAGCCAAAAUUGAUCUAGAGAAAGGUUUAUCGAGAAGAGAUGCCCACAAGAGUUGGCAAAUUGAUGAUGACUAG